AUGUUGACAGUCCUUGGUCGUUUACUUGAAAGAAACUCAAUCUACGUUGCCACUAUCUUUGGCGGUGCUUUUGCUUUCCAAGGUUUUUUCGAUGUUGCAGUGAACAAAUGGUGGGAGGAACACAACAAAGCUAAAUUAUGGAAAAACGUCAAAGGAAAAUUCCUUGAAGGUGAAGGUGAAGAAGAAGAUGACGAAUAA